AUGAGCCGUAUUGCAACGCGUUUGUUCUCCGCCAUGUCUGCGUCUUUGCCACCAAGCUCAUCCCCGUUUACACGGGCGGUGGUAAGCUCCAUGAGGAAGAUCUACCCAGAAUCGCUAGCAGACAAGAGUUUCGAUAACACAGGCUUACUCCUCGAAGCUCCCUUCAACCAUGGGCGAAGGCAAAAGAACUCGGUCCUUUUAGCCAUUGACCUGACCAAAGCCGUGGCCGAUGAGGCCAUCGCUCGCAAAGACUCGGUCGUAGUAGCCUACCAUCCCAUUAUCUUCCGCGGCCUGAAAUCCCUCACAUUUAACGACCCGCAACAACAAUCCCUCCUUCGUCUCGCCUCGGAGGGCAUAAGUGUCUAUUCCCCACACACAGCCGUCGACGCAACCCCCGGUGGAAUGGGCGACUGGCUGUGCGACAUUGUCACCGGCGCAAUCACCCCAUCGCCCUCGAAAUCCGCAUUGGAAGUCCCAAAUUCGUCCUCCAAACUCUACUCAGCUCCUACAUACCCACAGCCUGGCUCCGUCUCAUCUUCAACCUCCACAAUCCCCCACAUACGAAACACAAUCCAUCCCUCCCCCGCCCCGGUCCCUGAAGGCCUAGACGACGCCGGGAUGGGGCGCCUCGUCACAUUCAACGACCCCCAACCCCUGACCACUGUUAUCGACAACAUUGCCAGCUGUGUAGGCUACCCCGGUGGUAUUCCCAUCGCCAUCCCGCAAUCCGCCUCUGUUGACAGUAUCAAAAUCCGCACCGUCGGCGUCUGCCCCGGCUCGGGGUCGAGCAUAUUGAUGAAGGGCGUGAAACAGAUCCCCGAUCUCCUGUUCACGGGCGAGAUGAGUCACCAUGAGACAUUGUUUGCAAUUGAGAGUGGAUCGGUGGUCGUUGCGCUUGCGCAUUCGAAUACGGAGAGGGGCUAUUUGAGGGCUGUUAUGAAGGAUAAACUUGGGGCAGCUCUGAGGGAGGAGUGGGAGGGGCUGAGGAGUGAGGAGGGGAAGACCGCUGAGUCGAGUCUGAAGGAGGUAUAUGAGGACAGCGGUGUUGAAGUUUACGUUAGUGAGAAGGAUCGCGAUCCGUUUGGGAUCAUGGUGAAACGGGCAUAG